GCAGCGCAACCCGGGGCCCGCGGGGCCCGGCGGGGCCGGGACCGGGGGAGGCCGGAGGGGAGCGGCUGCCCCCGGUCGCCUCCCCGGGGAUGCUCGGGGCCUCGGGAGAGCCCGGGCUGGGCAGAUUUCCUUAUCCGGGGAUCGCAGGGCACGUCGCCAUUGGCCCGCGCUGUCACAUGGACUCCAACUUUGUUCACUUGACAAAAUUAAUGGCCAUGAGCUCGUUUUUGAUCAACUCCAACUAUGUGGACCCCAAGUUCCCACCCUGUGAAGAGUAUUCCCACAGCGAUUACCUUCCCAAUCACUCGCCGGAAUAUUACAGCAGCCAGAGGCGAGAGAGCACUUUCCAACAUGAAGCGAUGUACCAGCCGCGGUCAGCCUGCAAGGAGCAGCUCUACUCGUCCUGUCAGAGCUCCGGCCACCAAGCAGCGGUGUUAUCCCCCCGGGGUCAUGUCCAUCCUCCGGCCGGACUGCAGAGCCACCUCUCUGAGCCAAACCAUCCCUGCGAGCCGGUCACCCCCAGCCCACCACCCUCCUGCAGCCAAAACUCUCUCAACCAAAGCCCUUCCAAUUCCUCUUGCAAAGAGCCGGUAGUUUACCCCUGGAUGAAAAAAGUCCAUGUAAGCACGGUAAACCCCAAUUACUCAGGAGGGGAACCGAAACGCUCCCGCACAGCCUACACCAGGCAGCAAGUCCUGGAGCUGGAGAAGGAAUUUCACUAUAACCGCUAUCUCACCCGGAGGCGCAGGGUCGAGAUCGCCCACUCCCUCUGCCUCUCCGAGCGCCAGAUCAAAAUCUGGUUCCAGAACAGGAGGAUGAAAUGGAAAAAAGAUCACAAGUUACCAAAUACCAAGAUCAGGUCUAAUCCUUCCAGCUCCUCCGCCAGCCUGCAGAUCCCACAAGGAGGAUCUCAAACCCGAUCCCAUGGACCAGCCACCAGCCUAUAACUAUUCCUUGGAUGGAUGGAUGGAUGGAUGCAGUGUGCGUGUUUGUGGGUGUGAGUUUGUAUGUGUGUAGGGAACACAUGAUUUUAUUAUUAUUUUUUUUUUAAUGCUCCGAGAAGAGAGGGAAGGAGGGGGGCUCUUUAUUUAUAGGGGGAAUAGAGGGAGACUCAGCUGCAACAAAGCAGAGCUGUGCUGUUGUGCCUCUCUUCCAUUAAAAGAAGGCUGGAGAUGGUAGUUUUCAGAUUUGGCUAAGAUGGAUCCUUGUUUCAUCUUUAAUCACGCCAAGCUCUGCCCCAUUUGUCAUGUUUACUCUCCCGUACAAAGGAUGGACCUUAUGUCUGCUAUUACCUCGACAACCAACGCUCACUUUAAUAAAUGAGGCUCAGUUUCUUCAAGACGAACUGGAUUUUCUCCCCCCACACCCCCUUACUUUUUUUUUUCCUCCUUUUUUUUUUUUUUCCCCUUUUUUUUUUUUUUUUUCCUCCUUUUCUCGCCUACCAGCCACAAACGGGAAGUUUCAAUCCUGCCAUCCCAAAGACGCGGCGGUUCUAGCUCAGCAAUGCGAUGGAGAAAACAAACAAACAAACAAACAAAAACCCCAAACCAACAAACCCCACCAAAAUGGGACCGUGGGGAGCUUGUAGGGGGGGGAUCUCAGACACUGCGCUGGUCCUUCGUGGGGGGACCCCUGGGAUAAAACAGGGAAAAUUAGGUCAAGUGGGUGGUGGACAAAGAAAGAGAGAGGAUGGAGGGUGAUGUAGGACACCCCCCCUCACCCCCAUCCCCCCUCCGCCGCCGCCGUUUUUAUUUUGAGUCCAGCAGGUUAAUUGUGAG